CAGUCUUUGGAAUUGGGUUGAACUUAAUCAUUGGUGCAACAAGAAGAGGCACAUCCUGGAACAACGUUACACUGUUGAGAGUUACUCAAGAGGAAAAAAGAUCAAACCUUCUUUAUAAAUUGACGGAAUUAAUUGAAAAAAAGGACCAAUUGUGAUGUUUAUGGGACAUAUUGGAGUGCCAACAAAGAAGCUCGUCAAAGCCUCCAUGGACACUACUAUCACAGACACACAGAAGCCUUUCUCUUUGGACCCCUACCAUGUCUCUGAGGAAUUUGGCUUCAUCCUCCCUGCACCCCUGGCAGAGUUGCCGCCAUACUACCAGCCCUGGAUGGACAUUGCCCAGCAUGUUACAGAGCUCAUUUACUCUCACAUGCUGCGCUCCCACAUUCUCAAGAUGCCCCUGCUGAACACCCAACUCCUGGAGAGCCACAGAGAGCUGCGUCUGGCCCACUUGGCCCUGGGUGUGAUGACCAUGGGUUACGUGUGGCAGGAGGGGGAGGAUGACACAGUCAAGAUGCUUCCGCGCAACCUGGCCAUUCCAUACUGUGAGGUGUCUCAGCGCCUCGGACUUCCUCCCAUCCUUACCCAUGCAGACGCAAUACUGGCUAACUGGAGGAAGAGGGAUCCACAGGGACUGUUUGACAUGGAGAACUUGGAACUGCUUGUCACGCUACCUGGUGGGGACAGUGUGAGAGGGUUCUUCAUGGUCACUCUGCUAGUGGAGCUGGCUGCAGUGCCAGCCAUUAAGAGUAUUCCUUUGGUUAUUAAUGGGGUCCAGUGCGGUGAUGCUGAGACUGUAACCAGAGCACUAGAGGAAUUCAGCCAGGCCAUACAGGGCAUGACAGAUGCACUUAAACUGAUGCAUGAUGUCUCUUAUGUUGUUCCAGUGUAUGUCAAACCAGAAGUCUUCUAUGGCAUUAUGAGGAUCUAUCUGUCUGGGUGGAAAGACAACUCCUCCAUGCCAGCUGGGUUGGUGUAUGAGGGCGUCCAGGCAGAGCCUAUGGAGUAUUCUGGUGGGAGUGCUGCCCAGAGCAGUCUGCUGCACUGCUUUGAUGAGCUGCUGGGUGUCAAACAUGAAGCAAUGAGUGGUGCCUUUCUGACCCGUAUGAGGAACUACAUGCCCCCUUCCCACAAGCGUCUGAUCCAGGACAUAUCUCUGCAGCCCUCCCUGCGAGGCUUUGUCCAGCAGCAGGCCUGUGAGCCGCUAACCGCAGCCUUCCAGCUCUGUGUGACCAAGCUGCUUGCCCUCCGCAACUACCACAUCAACGUGGUCAGCCUCUUCAUCAUUGUGCCCGCUGCCCGUGCCCGACAGCUCCGAAACCAGGGGAACAUUUCCCAGGAGGAGACUGUCAGCAGGGCACCCAGGGCACUGGAGGAGAAGGGCACUGGCGGAUCGGACAUCAUGAGCUUCCUAAAGACUGUAAGGGACCGCACACGGGACGUCUUUAAUCUAAAAUAGAAUGUAAAAUAUGUAUCGGAUGACUAGUCCAGACCGACUGUGCUCAUACCACAAUCCCCAAUUCCUGCAUGAGGGUCAGACGCCUUGACUUUUUCUACAUUUUGUUAUGUUUAAGUAUUAUUCUAGAAUUGAUUAAAUAGCCUUACGUUUUCAUCUUCUGUUUGACGAUAAUGGGAUGGACGAAAGCAUCACACCAAAUUCCAUCAGAGACAUGCCAUGAGACAUAAAGUGUUCAGGAAAAACGGGCUUAUUCUUAAUGUCUGUAGUCAUUGUGUAUACAAUCUAUUUCCAAGUAGGGCACUAACAUUUUUAGCACAGUGGAUAUAAACUGCCAUUGUCUGUCCUCUAUAUAAAGGUGUCUUAUCUCCAUCAGGGAGUUAUUUCAGAACACAAUGCAGUGGAGUGAAGCUCCAUCAGUUACCAGAGAUAUUCCUUCACUCCUCUAGACCAGCGCUCCUCCUGCCCACAUACACCCCUCACAUGCCCCAGCUAUCAUUUCCUGGAGUGAUAAAGCAUGGAAUACCCAAAGAAAUAAAGAGCCGGAUUGUGCCAUGAAUGGCCUGUGUGCCGUGGCAUUAUCUUCAACUUUCCUGGCUCGCCUCCAUUGGCGUUUCAUUACAAUAACUGUCAGGCACCAUCAGAUAAAGCUGGUGAUGUGUGUCAAUCUGCCAUGGAAAUCCAAUUCCACAAACGUGACUGAUCUAUCUUACCCUCCCUCUUCUCCCACAUACUAAAUAGGGAGGACAUGCAAAAACAAGAGAUUGUCAUUGAGGGGGAAAUGAUAUCAGGCAUCUGUCCCAAAAGCCAUGUUUUUAUGGGCUGUAUACUAGUUAUUUUUCACUAAACAAGCAAACAGAGAAGGAAAGAGCUCCUUUACUUACUCACACAUACCUCUUUUACAAUCGGAGAAACUGAGUAGUAAACAUGACAGGAAGGGAGGGACGGUCAGACAGACAGACAUACAGGAGAGUAGAGUAGAGAAUAAGAAGGGAGGGAGAGAAUUGGGUGGCGAAAAAUAAAAUACUGCACUCACAUGUCGCAGUGAUCUGAUUAGAGCCCUCUUCUGCAGCCAAAGCAAAUAAUCCCUUCCUUAUUACCUCAGCGUGGAGGAGUCCCUGACAACCCUCCAGUAAACACUGGCCAUCUCUAAGGAUCUGUUCAUUGUGUGUCCGGGCCUGUUAGGCCUGUCUGUCACGUGGGAGAGGGUUCAGUGGAGCUUUUUCAGGGGACGUGAUAUACAAACACACACAAAAACAUACGCAAACCCUUUAUUCUUUCAUAUGUUGUUAAUUCAAGGUGAGUCCAUUGUAUUGCCUAUGUUGUUAUAAAACAUUUGCGAUCACAAUGGAAAAACUACAUGGUGAAACCCCACCUUAACCUAUGGCCAUGGAAAUCAACCUAGAGAUGGGGGAUUUAUUGGUCUCUGUCCUCAUUCUGUAGUGUUGGCACAAGGUCCUGUAACAGCUGUCAAACCUCCAUAAGAUAAUGUAAAUUUAGUAAUAUUGCUGUCAAUGAUUGUAUUGCACUGUAUUAAACAACCUGGAAUUUCA